AUGUCUGCUGCAGAACGUCAGACCAACUGCUUCCGUCGCGUCGACGUGCAUCAUCAUUUCAUUCUGGAUGCAUCGGACAAAGCCCAGAGAAACGCCGAGGUCGGAUUCCGGACACCUGCAGAAAACUUGCCAUGGACGCCCGUGGUCAGCCUGCGAGCCAUGGAUGCGAUGGGCAUCGACUUCGCCAUCCUGUCGCUGCCCCCGUAUCUUCCUGGAGGAGAUAUUGGUCCUCAGAACCGCAGUGCGGCACGGGAGUUCAACUUGCUGGCUGCGCGCAUAUGUAAGGAGAACCCGUCGCGCUUCGGAUUUUUUGCUUGCUUGCCUAAGCCCAACGAUUCGGAAGGUACCGCGGUGUCGGAGAUUCGAUUUGCGAUUGACGAACUGGGCGCCCUUGGUGUCAUCGUAGCCUCGUCGUAUGGCGAAGGUGACAACGCAACAUACAUAGGUGACGAUGGGUAUGACCUUGUUUGGGAGGAACUCGACAGACGGAAAGCGGUAGUCUUCCUCCACGGUGCACAGACCCCUUCGUCGACUCCAUUUCCCCACCCGUUUUUGGGAAUUCCUAUUACAGAGGUACCCAAUGAAACGUUCAAGGCUGCCGCACACCUGGUCGUGACGGGAAAAAAGCGGCGGUUCCAUGACGUGAAAAUCAUCCUCGCCCAUCUCGGAGGUAGCACGCCCUCCCUUGCGCCUCGCGUUGCCGUGCUAUCGAGGCAUAUGGGCUGUCCGCUGACGCGGGAAGAGAUACUGGAAGACUUCAAGAGUUUCUACUACGAGACCGCGUUGAGUGCCCACGAGAGCACUCUCGCUGCCAUGAAGACUUUUGUUGAACCGGACCACAUCUUGUUCGGGACUGAUUUUCCAGGCAUCCAUACUCUUGUUUACUGA